GAUUGUCCAUGUGAACGAUACAAUAACACAUUGAAGAAAACUCUUCAUGGCAAAUAUGUCUUCAUAAAGAAUAUCGUGGCAGCAGAGAAAACGCCUGAUUAUCAAUCAACGAUGACUUAUACAACUCAUGGUGAUGUCGUUUUUCUCAUUGAAAAUAUUAUUCCGUUGCUAGAAAGAUGGAGAGCUCCUUUAAGCAUGGCUUUAUAUACUCCCGGAUCUGAUUUCAAUGUGACAUUAAAUACAAUUUCAUAUUUUCGUAAUUGUCAUGAUCAACGAGAUCUUGUGAGAGAUUUUGCGUCAUUUCAUUUCUUCUUUGAGAAGGAUUUAAUGCAAAAAGAUGUGAAUCUUGACAUUGAGGAAUCAAAUUUUUCUUGUUCUUCAAAUGAACAUCUUUUGAAACUUAAAAAUAAUGAAACUUACAGAGCUUUGAAAGAGCUCGUCUACCCAAUUAAUGUUGGACGAAAUCUUGCAAGAGAAACUGUUGGCACUCAUUUUGUUCUGGCUAGUGAUAUUGAACUUUAUCCCAGCCCUGGCUUGAAUGAAAACUUUUUUCGAAUGAUCAAUCAAAAUCCCGAAGCUUAUCCCGAUGGUAAAAAUGUCUUUGUACUUCCUGUGUUCGAAAUUGAAAAAGGUGUUGAAUUGCCUCAAAAUAAAUCACAACUUCGUGAGCUUUUCAAUGUUGGUAAAGUUGUUUGGUUUCAUAAACAAAUAAUUUGGUCUUAUCACAAAGUUCCAAAUGAUACCGAAUGGAUGAAUGAUGAUGACCCAGAACUCAAAGUAUUUGUAACUGUCAAAAGAAAAGGUGAACAGAAAGUUUGGGAACCUUUUUAUAUUGGUACAAAUGCUGAACCAACAUUCGAUGAGCGACUGAACUGGGAAGGAAAAGCUAAUAAAAUGACACAAGCUUACAUCAUGUGUCUGCUUGAUUACAAUUAUCACGUGCUUUCAAAUGCAUUCCUCAUUCAUAGACCAGGAAUUAAGACACAAAAAGAAGCUGCACGUGUGAAAUGGGAACCUGCUAACAGAAUACUUAUCUAUAAUGUUAUUCAACAUGAAGCUGAACUGAAUUAUGGGAAAAGAGAAGGCUGUCAAAUUCUAUGA